AUGAAUGAAAAGCCGCUCCCCAUCGGCGUUCAGGGAACCAUCCUCUGCAAGUCCGAUGAUGGUUAUCGCCCCUUGCCAGGGGCAACGGCGAGGAUCACGUGCGUGGCGGAAGAGGAGCACGGGUACGAGACGGCGCCGUUUUCGGUCUCGAGUAGCCGGAGCGACGACCAGGGGUACUAUUUCGCCACGCUGUAUCUGUCGGAGGUGAUGAUGAGCGACGACUUGAAGCUCAAAGAGUGCAAAGCCUUCCUCGAGACCCCGCCGGACGCUACUACCUGCGAUUACCCGACCGACCAGAACGGCGGCGUCUCCGGCGCCACGCUCACCUCGCAUACCGUCCUCGAAGAGAAAAGGAUGAAGCUCUACACGGUCAAGCCUUUCGCUUACACCACUGCAGCUGGGCCCGCAUCCGCCCCUUCGCCGGCGGAUGAUUACAACGACGGGUAUUAG